UGAAAUAUAGCAGCCGCCUAACAGUUGAAUUGGAACAGUCGCCGAAUUCAGUUGUAGCGAGCGAAUCGUGAACGCGGAAAGAAUAAUAUCGGAACGUGUGAUUAGAAGUGAUAGUGCGAGAAGAUAUUGAUAAUGACAUCACAGGAAAAUAAACUACUUAGGAUAUUGUGCCUCCAUGGAUAUGGUCAGAAUGGAGAAGUUUUCAGGCGGAAACUUGGGGGAGUGAGGAAAUUGCUGAAGAAAAAUGCAGAACUUAUUUUUGUGACAGCUCCUAAUAAAAUCCCGCCACCUGAAGAGCAUUCAGUUACUGAUGAGAAUGCACAGAUAAAUGAUGAGUAUGCUUGGUGGUUCACCACAGAGAACAGGAUGUUUGAUGCCAAGAAACCAUCUGAUAUUUGCUUGGGUUUUGAGAACAGUUUAGCCCUCAUCGAGAAAACCUUCGAAGAACUGGGGCCAUUCGAUGGUUUACUUGGAUUUUCCCAAGGAGCAGGCUUUGUAGGAAUCUUGUGUGGAAUGCAGCAAUCAAAUUGGUUGAAAUAUGAAUUCAGCUUUGCAAUAUUGGUAGGUGGAUUCAAGUCACAGUGUCAUCCUCACCUCAACUAUUACUUGAAAGCAUCAUCAAUACCAUCAUUACAUGUUUAUGGAGAAAAUGACAAAGUAAUCAGUAGGGAGAUGAGUGAGUUACUGCUUGAACAGUUCAGUCACGUGGAAAUCAGUGUUCAUCCUGGCGGGCACUAUGUCCCUGCUACUGGGCCACAGAAACAAAGCUACAUAAGUUUUCUGGAGGAUCGAAAACGUGAGAUAGAAAUUGAGAACAGAAAAAAGGCGAAACAAAUCCAAGUGGGGAGUUACACCCUGGAAAGGGUGGAAGAUUCCGGUUCAGAGCCUUCAGAGGAUGACAGACAUGCAAACUCUCAGGGUGGGGAUCACAGUGACAGUGUGUGCAAAGAGAAAGGUGUAAUGAAGGCAGAUAAGGAAGGGAUUUCAAAACAAACUAGCAGAAAAAUGAUGGACAGUAACACUCAUGAGGAUAUAGAAGUGUCCAGUAGCAGAAUCUAAAAGCAUGUGACUUUCAUCUUCUGGAUAUAACACUGUAGUCAAGUCAGAGUUAAAAGCUUUUGCUUGCUGCCUGCUUCAUGCUGGUUUCUUGCUUGGCUUACUCUUGAAACCUGAAGAUGGAGGUGAUAUGAUUGUGUGAAAUGUCAGCUGACUGAAAGUGGAACACAUGGUAUGACAUCCCAGAAGAUGGAGCUGUUCAUAACCACUACUGUGAGAACCUGAAAUUCUGGUCAUAAUAGUUAAGAUUGUUCUUAUGCUUUGACACACAAAUCUAAAGCCUUGAAGCUACACUUUGUGCAUAAGCACGAUUCACUGUCCUGACACUUGUAGCUUGGGAAUGUGACUAAUUGUGAGCUAGAGUUUUAUUUCCAGUGGGAGCAGUGAUUUUUUCUCUUUGCCAUUACAUCUGUAUGACUGUGUAGCCUGCCUAGCGCACUGGCCAGGGGGUUCUGGAAUCUGUGUGUUGCUAGUGCCAAGUGCAUCCUGUUCUUCCUAAGUCAUGUUGGUUGGUUGGUUGCUUGGCUUACUCUUUGACCAUGAAAAUGGAGGCAGUGUGUUCCUCCAAAUCAUCAAACC